UAUGAUCAAUUCUCCCCUCUUAGCUAAGCUUGAAAUAGAGGGAGUCAAAUAGUCUGGGUAGGGGAUUGUUCGUGGAAGCAGCAACCUUUUGUGAGCCACAUGUGCUGUUAAAUAAUAAACAAGGAAAAUUCCUAGCAUUUUCCUGGUGCCUUAACCAAAUUGAUGAGAUUAAAAGGAAUCGAAAUCUGGCUGAGGUUUAGGAACCCAUUUUCACCCAGAGGGAGAGUUGUUCGACAGAGCGAAAUAGUGACCUGAGAGAAUUCAAGAUAUUCGCUGAAUGCUAUGGCAGGUGCGGUGAUAGGAGAAGCCGCUGCGGGAGUUCUACUGGAGGGAGCGCUGAGAAGCGGGUUGAAUAUACUGGACAAGGCUUUGAACUUCGAACCCAAACUUGAGGACCUCCGGGACACUGUGCAGCGUUUGAGUCCGGUGAUCCAACAGAUGAAGGCAUGCGACGAGACAUUGGAUAGCCAUCUGGAUCCAAUCGAACGUGUCUUGAAGGAAUUUCAAGAGUCAGAUAAGCUAGUUCGCAAAUACUCCAACGUCCGUUGGUGGAAAUCUCUGUCGUUUCCUUUUUACCACGAUAAGAUUGAGGAAAGGAAGAAAAAGCUUGAAAGGGCCAUCACUGUUGAUAUGCAAGUUCUUACUGCGAGAGAUGUGAAGGAGAUAUUAUCGACCUUAUCGGACCUGAAAGAUAUCAUGUUGACUUUUGUUCACAAUUUUUCUUCCGAUACAGUUAUGAAGGGUCUGUGCGGCGCUCCUGAAAGACCGAAGUAUACUGUGGGAUUGGAUGGGCCUUUGAAUAACACUAAGAAUGGGCUGCUUAACGGUGAUGAACAGGUUCUUGUAUUGACUGGUUUGCCAGGAUCGGGGAAGACAACCAUGGCUAAAAAGCUCUGCUGGGAUCCCGACAUUAAAGGCAAGUUUGGGGAAAACAUCUUCUUUGUGAUCUUUUCAAAAACGCCCAACCUGAAGAAUAUUGUGCAGACAAUAUUUGGACACUGUGGCCGUCAAGCGCCUGAGUUUUCAAGUGAUGAAGAUGCAAUUAAUCGGUUGGGUGUUUUGCUAAGGCUAUUUGGGAGAAGGCCAAUAUUGUUGGUCCUGGAUGAUGUUUGGCAGGGCUCAGAAACUCUUGUUGAGAAAUUUAAAUUCCAGAUUCCUGAUUACAAAGUUUUGGUCACUUCAAGAUUUACAUUCCCUAGAUUUGUCACUUCAUGCCACUUGGAAGCACUUGGUCAUGAUGAUGCUAUAAGGCUUUUUCAUCACUUUUCUCUACUAGAUGACAGCAGCUCAUACAAACCUGAUAAAAAACUUGUCCACGAGGUAGUAAGAGGUUGCAAGGGUUCACCAUUGGCCAUUGAAGUUAUUGGUGGAUUGCUCUGUAAGCAGCCCUUUGAGGUGUGGGAAAAGAUGAAGGAGCUUUUGCUAAGCCAGUCGAUUUUUGAUUCUAAUACUGACUUGCUCCAUCGCCUUCAAACUAGCUUAGAAGUAUUGGGAGAUAAGUUCCCCAUCAAGAAGGAGUGCUUUAUGGACCUUGGCUUAUUUCCUGAAGACAAAAUGAUCCCUGUUGAUACCCUCAUUGACAUGUGGGCGGAACAGUAUAAGCUAGAUGAGGAUGGCAUACAAGCGAUGGCCAUCAUCCAUGAAUUAACUACCAGCAAUUUGGCCAGGACUGUAGUUAGAAGGAAAGCAGCAAGGGAGACAGACAAGUACUACAAUAAUCACUUUGUCCUGCUGCAUGAUCUUCUCAGAGAACUAGCCAUUCAUCAAAGCAGCCAGGUACCAAUGGAAGAGAGGAGAAGGUUGAUUAUUGACUCAGGAGAAAAUAAUCAUCCCGAAUGGUGGCAAGAGCAGAAGCAGCAAGGUGUCAUUGCCCGCAUCUCCUCAUUACUUUUUGGAUGGUGGAUGGAACAGGAGCGACAGCAAGUUAGUGCCCACUCAAUAUCUAUAUAUGCAGAUGACACUUCUAGUGCAGAAGGAUGCAGCGUGGAACCUGAUGAAGCAAAGGUUUUGAUUUUAAAUCUUGAAAGUAGCAAUUACACCAUACCAAGGUUCGUGAAGAAAAUGAGAAAACUUAAUGUUCUGGUAGUCACGAAUUAUGGUUUCCAUAUUUCCAAAUUAAACAAAUUUGAGCUGCUUGGUUCUUUAUCUGACCUGAAAAGAAUUAGAUUGGAGAAUAUUUCAGUACCUUGCCUGUGCAAACUGAUGAAUCUGCGAAAAUUAUCCCUCCAUAUGUGUUCUACUAAGCAGGCUUUUGAAAGUUGUCCCAUGGACAUUUCAGUUGCGCUGCCAAAUCUAGUGGAGUUGAAUAUUGAUUACUGUAAAGAUCUGGUGAAAUUGCCUGCUGAGAUUUGCAAAAUUAAGCCGUUGAAGAAGGUUAGCAUCACUAAUUGCCACAAGUUUUCUGAACUGCCUGAAGAAAUAGGAAACCUAGAGAAUUUGGAAGUGCUAAGGCUUAGUUCCUGCUCUAAUUUGGAAGAGAUGCCAGGCUCUAUCAAAAGACUCCACAAGCUAAGCCAUCUUGACAUCUCAGACUGCAUAAGCCUUAAACAACUACCAGAGGACUUUGGGUUCUUGUGCAAUCUAGAAAGGCUCUACAUGAGGGGUUGCUCAAGGUGUGAAUUGCCAGUCUCAGCCGUGAAUCUCCUGAGUUUAGCUAUUGUAAUAUGCGAUGAAGAGACAGCUGCAUCCUGGGAACCUUUCCAGCCUCAGCUUCCCAAUCUAACUAUAGAGCAGCUCAAAGCAGAUAUUAACUUAGAUUGGCUUCAAGGAGUUUAAAAAUGCAGGUCUCUUCUGAUAAUGUCGCAGUACACCAAACGACAUUACUUUGUCUAGUGGUAAGGUCAUUCGCGCGGUAACUGUGUGGCGAUUCGAGGACCAAAAGGGAAAUUCCGUAUUGAAAGCCGGAGGAAAAUUCUUGUAUCAGGAGGGGUCAAUUAUGCUGGUUGUAAAUUCACGGCUUCAUUUUCUUUUCAGUUUUUAGAGAGAGAGUAAUCACUGUAUUAUAAUAGGAUUUAAAUUUGAGAUUAUUUAACCGGUGAGGUAUGUGUUUGUAGUAUGCCAAUUCGAUCAAAGCACAACAAUUCUGGUUAUGGACUCCUGAGCUGGAUUGGGAGUGUCGCAAGCUUGAGAGUUUGUGAGACAACCCAAAGCGAGCAAUGAUAUGAAAAUAUGCGGGAAAUAUAUGAAAAAUUCAGACAAAACUGAGGAAUGUUUACACCGCCAUGGCAUGUGGCAACCUCUGUGUACUGUUGCUUCAAUUAUUAUAUUUAUAAGCCUUGUUGUCGCAGAAA